AUGGCCAAGUGGCUCCGGGAGUACCUGGGCCGGGGGGCCCGGCGCUCCCCCCCCCGCCCGCCACAGCCCGACUACAGCGGUACCGGUACCGGGGGUCCCCCCGGAGCCCCCCCCGCCCUCCGCGGCCCCGCAGCCUCCCCCCGGCACCGCCUGGUGCGGGUGGGGGGCGCGGGGCCGGGGGGCGGCCCCCGCAGGAUGGAGCAGGGCCCUGGUGAGAGCGAAUACUCUGAGCCCUUCGAGGGGGAGCAGGACCCCGCGCCCGAGGGCGGCUGCGAGGACGAGCCCGCAGGGUGCCCGCGGCAGGGCGAGGGCCGGCGGGGGAGGCCCCGGCGGGGACCGCAACUCUACGACACCCCCUCCGAGGAGUGGGAGGCGGCCGGGGAGGGUCCGGGGGGGCCCCCGGCCCGGGAGAGCCGCCUGCCCCGCGACGACGAGCGCCCGGCGGACGAGUACGACCAGCCCUGGGAGUGGAAGAAGGAUCACAUCUCCCGGGCGUUCGCAGUGCAGUUUGAGAGCCCCGAGCGCUCGCCCAGCCUGUCCCGGCAGCUGCCACGGCCCCCCCGGGCCCCCCCGGGCACCAGGCCGGGCUGCCCCCCCAGCCCCCGGCACGUGGACACCUCACUGCCCCUGGAGAAGCAGGCGUGGUACCACGGCCCCAUUGGGCGGGCGGGCGCCGAGACGCUGCUGGCGCUGUGCCGCGAGGGCAGCUUCCUGGUGCGGGACUGCGAGACCAGCCCCGAUGACUACUCACUGUCCCUGCGGAGCAGCCACGGCUUCGUGCACGUGAAGCUCACGAGGACGCGGGAGCAGCACUUCACCCUGGGCCGCGCCGGCGCCGCCUUCCCGUCGGUGCCCGCGGCCGUGCGGCACUACACGGCCCGGGCACUGCCCGUGCGGGGGGCACGGCACAUGGCCCUGCUGUACCCCGUGGCCGUGCAGCCCCCGUGACCCCCCGGGACAGCCCCGGCACCCCAAUAAAGCCCCGGGACCCCA